UAAACAUAAAUCUUAAGCUCUAACAUGUAGACACCUGAGUUUAGCUUGUCAACAUUUUCGUCUACGCAAAUUCCGUUUAUUAUCAUUAAUUUUUUAUAUUCACCAUUAUUUUUUAUAAAAAAAAUUCAUGAAAAUUUAAGAAAAAAGGAAGACCAAAUUCUGAGUCAACCAGAAAAGGAAUUCCCAACCAGAGAAGGUCACAAGGAAGACACCGAGUAAGAGGUGUACGUUAGGGGGCAAUGAAUGAACGGUCUAUUUUGAAGCAGCUCUCCAAUCACCUAAUCUUCCGCAUCCUGCACUUCUCCCUGAUCUCCCAGCAACUGCGGGACGAGCUGGGAGUUCGUGCAGGGGCUGGUGGGAUCAGGUCAAAGGGGCGCUUCUCCAAGGCGCUGGAGUGGCAGCCCUUCGCUCUGUGGCUGUCCAAUAUCCUGUUGAACUACGCCGGCGACAUCAUGGGCAAUCUGUUGCUGGGCCUUCUGCCGCUGGAACCGCUCUGCAAUGUCUCUGAUGUCCUGCUCAGUUCGUUUAUCUGCAGGUACUGCAUAUUUUACUGCCCUCUUGACCUAGGCCAUAAGUUGGCCAGCUCUAUAGGCUUUCGCAUCCUGGCCACCACCAUGUCCACCAUCAGUCAACUUCAGCUCAUCGAUCGGGGCGUUCAACAGGCCGGUCAGGUGUACAACAACGCCAUCAUUCCUAUGCUAAUUGUAGGCACAGUCAUGGGUAGUGGAGCAGAGGUCCUGAAGCCGAUAGCUGGAAUCCUAAUCAACAGGUGCCAGAAGAACCAGUUAGCCUACAUAAAGAUGAGCAGCAACACCAAGCUGGCCCUGUUCCUUUCCAUUCUCUUUGUGCUGGAAAUCCAAAAAAGUCCCCUGGUGCUAGGCCUCACUCGUCAUCAGCUGCUGGUUUACUCGCUGGUGAUGACCAUCACCUUCAAGUUCCUGUCGCUGGUCUACCGCACGGAGCAUUACAUCUGGCUUAUGGAGCACCGUCUGUGUUACACCUUUUUCGGGGGCCUUUCGAGGGACUUGAACAAGUUCUUCAAACACAAGCAAAAAGCCCAUAUCCAUCGAGGGUGGAUGCACUCGGAAUAUGAUUGAAGCUGUCACUUGGAUUGCGCAAUCCGCCCAACCCUUCAAAUCCCCUCCAGAACACAGGGUGUGGGUGGUUGGGCGACGAGGUAAGCGGCUUAGGUUACCUCCUCGCCCAGCCAACCGAUGGAGGAACGGCGGCAGAUGCCUCGCUUGAUCGGGUUACGUAUGCUAAUCAGCUUAGAAGCAUCCGCGGGAAUGGACAGAGCAGGGCAGAACACUAUAGCAGUGGAACGCUGGUGCCGAGUGCCGGGUUACGGCCACGGGUUAGUGGAUGCCACAACGCGAGUCUGUUAGCUUCCAGAUGUACUGUGAAAUUUCUGUUUAUGAAUAAAUCCCUCUAUUAAUAUAAUAUAA